CCAGCUUACAUGCAAUAAAUUUCCUGGUGAAAAACGCGCACAUUGAAAGAAAAACUCACACUACCACAAUCUGUUAAACCGUUGUGUGUAUUGCAGCGACAUGUGUUACCUAACCAGUCAACAGUAAGUAGCAAUAGCUCCCCGCUUAAUGCCAUACAGCGUGAUCGAUGUGCAGUCUGCAAAUAAUUUUGCAACACACACCAUGUACCGCGUGAUUUAUGGAGCACUUCUUCAUUCUGCAAUUAAUCACAAAAUCCGCUAUAAUUAAUUAUCACCAUUAAUUUCUCUAAAUGGAGGUGGAGACGGCGACCAAUGAGCGGCCGCGGUGGCGACAGUUUCUCUGGCGCUGCCUGGAUGGGUUCAUUUGCAUUUUUAUCCUGGCGCCACUGGUGGUGCUGUAUUGGCGGGGGAGUUUUCAGUUGCUGGAUUAUUAUGUGUAUCCCCGUUAUCCACACCCUUAUUACCCAGUCGUUCCGGAUUCGACGGGAUUAAAAAUCAGCGGGGCCAUUACACUGGUGAUCGGGAUUUGUGGGACGAUUGUCGCCAAUGUCCUGCAGACGAUAUUGCAUCAGCGCAUCCACGAGAAGCGGCGGGGCGUUUUACAGUUAUUUCUCAAACGGAUUUAUACGUACACUUUUGGGUGGAUUAUUGUCUGCCACUGGCGAGGUGUUUUCCGCGUAUGGGAUGGAUUCACCGGUACAGAUGUGUUCAGCGGUAUCUACUGUUUUUCUUCGGGCGUUAUUCUGCUGAUCCUGCUAAAAAGCUUUCGGAAUGUCGUCGCACCGCCCUUGGUUACCGUAUCCGAUUUCGAUAAGAACUAUUUCUUCAUUAAGACGCGUUUUCGAAGAAAGCCGUGGGGCGCCGCGUACUUCCUGGACACCAUCUUCUCCAUUGUGGUGCCGGGCUCACUGGUGGCCUUUGUGUGGCGCGGUCAGUGGUCCAUUCUCGAUCAUGUCUUCAAGCGCGACAGCAUGGUGGAGUCGUUCGUCAUCUCGGCGGCACUGGGUUUCGGGAUCGUCGUCAUGCUGUUUGCCCUGCAAGAUCAAGCCGGGAAGGUGUCGGCUGCAAUGGAGCGCCGCGGCUGGACAUGGGCCAAGAUCGCUUUCGAGGAUUUAUUCUUUUAUAUAGCGGCGCUGGGAGCGGUGAAUAUAUGGCGAUCUAUUUGGGGAUUAUGCGACGAAUUGCUUUUGAAAGGUCAAUGGGCGCUGAGCAACUGGGUGUGCCAUAUUGUCGGUGGUUUUGGAACUAUGUUGUUGUUGCAUGGAAAUUCUGUGUUAGUGCGGGAUGUACAAAUCGACGGAGAGUAUCCCAACGGAGAAGGCUGUCGAUUUUUCUCCAAGAGUCUAACGUUCUUUGAAAACAGAGCCGAUAAGCAGAAACGCAAACAGCAACAGACCAACGGUAUUCCCGCCGAAAUACCGGAUAUAUCGACGGCAGCAGUUGAUGAGAAGCCGGUUAAAAUCUACCGAAAACUUCCUGCUGCGAAACCGGCUGAUGUGGGCGUUCAAAGUGACCAGCUGGAGCACCUGUUAUCGGGAAACAGAGUUCGAGACAUUCCGACCAUUGAAAUCACGCAGUAUGAAGACAGAAGACCCAGUAUACGAAGGCUGAGUGUUUAAAGGAAUUUACACACAAACUGGACUCAGAAACUGGAUACAAAUCGUAGUUAUGUUAUGUAUUAUGUUAGUGUACGGUGAAUUCUGGCAUGAUGUGUGGUCAAUUACUUUACAUGAUUACGUCGUCGCAGAUCUGUGUCUUAUGG